UUCUUCCCAUUUUAAUUGCUUUUUAUUUUCACAAUGGCCUCUCUAAUUAGGUGCGCCCACCACACUGUGCGGUCGCACUUCCCGGAAGGCCGCCGCCGCGGUGGCUUGACCAACUGGAACCCGCCGCCGCAUCGGGCCGGCUGCAGCAAAUACUCAAAUGUAUUUGCGGCUCCUCCCCGACGCCACGUGGCAGAGGCUGCUCGUCGGACAGUAAACGACGACGUCUGCUCCGACAGAAAGACACACACCUUCAAAAUCACCUUCGAUAUUCCCUUCUACGAAGCACCGGAGGCUUCGUUUGAUGAGUAUCUCGAAGAGAAGCCGAGACUAAUCAGGGCAAUAUCUCCUUAUGAGAAGAGAUUACCUGAACGAAUCAACGAGGAAGAAUGGAGGAUAUACAUGGCGCCCAUAGAGUUUUUGUUCAUGUCGGUGGCGCCAGUAGUCCACAUGAGAGUGAGAGUGACUUGCAAAGGCCAAGGCGCGUGUUUCCCUUCCGGCAUUCCUCCCAACACUUCCAAGAUUCUCGAGUUGAAAGCCAUAAAAUCGGAGCUGAAGGGGAGCAUGGAGGGGUUGUUGAAGCAAACGAGAUUCGAGCUGGGGGUGGAAGGAGUUGUAUACCCAGUGAGGAAAGGGAGUAUCAAGGGGAGCAGCAGGAUGAAGGGGGAGCUUGUGAUGAGCAUAACCUUUGAUCCCCCCUCUGCAUUUGCUCUCAUCCCUCAAAACUUUCAUAAUGACGCCGCGCAACUGAUUCUGAAGAGUAUAGGAGAGAAGAUGGAGAGAAACGUUAAUGAAGGGCUGCUGGCGGACUACAUCAAGUUCAAGAAGGAAAAGCUUUGAAAUGUUCUAUUCAUUCCUUAUUCCGUUAUUAUUUAUUUAUAUUAAGAGUAAUGCUAGAGUCACAAACAAACAGUUCACAAAAUUCACAAACUUACCUUUUUAGCACUUUUCUAGAGAUAAGAUGCACUCAAAUAAUAAAAGAUAUUUUAAUUUAAAAUCCACAAAAACUAAGUUUGUGAAGUAUAUGUUUGUGACUCUAGCAUUUUCCUUAUAUUAAUAAAAGCUAAUAGUACAAGGGCAUAAUAAUGCACCAUAUUGUGAUCGAUUAGUGGCAAAGUGCGCCUAUGCCAUGGGGUAGAAUGGUCCAAGAUAUGAUAAUUUAAAAGGGUCUACUUGUAUGUAAUUUCAGAAAUGAUAAUUAGUCCUUAAUCAACACUAGAGCUUAUGAAUAGCCAAUGCAAAUAAGAACUUUUUAAUUAU